UAUAGAUAAAUAUUCGUCAUAUAUUAAUUUCGUAUCGUUUUUAAGUGAUGUGUUUCAAAAUCAUCGAGUUCUGGAUGUGGAGAAUCGCUUGUUAUGUAUUAGCAACGAUUUUUAUCAUCAUAGGUUUUAUUUACGGACCGUUCAACACCGCCAUGUAUUUCGCAGAUCCUCAACCAUCUAAAUCGGAAUUACUUCAUACGGAGAAACACCUGGCGGUUCUGCUGCUGUAUUUGGUGGGUUUGAGCUGGUACCUCUUCAUCACACACCUGUUCCUCUUGUACGCGUGCUGUAUGAAGAACGUGAAAGUCCUUAACAUUUAUAUAGUGCUGAUAAUAACCCAUCUCUGCGUCACGAUAGUGUUCUGUGUGUACAAUUUAUUUCUCUGUUUAAUUUUCGACAACCAGUGCUAUGAUCACAAGAGCGGCUCCAAUGACAUCGCCGCGUCCCUCGGCGUGGCCUUAGCCGGCGUUGUGUACUGCGUCGUGUGGCUCGUCUUAAUAUUCGCUGUGUUUGGCGAGAGUGCGCUGCGUCUAUACGUCGGAGAAUUUGCAAAAACGUCCGCUAACGCAGUACAGUUCAGUUAG